AUGGCUGCGAAGAAGCGCCAAAAGACUUUGUCGCAAGGCCGACCGCCCAUCAGCAAGCCCAAAGAGCGCAUGACUUCAGAGCGAUCGAGGACCAUCAUCCGCACCCAUCACCGCUUACAAAAGGAGCACGCUGCAGCUCUCAAAAAAGGAGAUUUGGUAGCCGCGAAAGAGAUUGAACGAGCUAUCGAAAAGAAUGGGGGUAUAAAAGCAUACCAGGCGGCGAGCAAGCAGGGACAGGCUAAAGAUCGGGGCGGCGAUUCUAGCAAACUUUUGGUCGAAUGGCUACAAAGGUCGCACGUGCUGGAACCUAAAGGAUCGGACUGCGGCGCCCCUGAACUCAAAUGCUUAGAAAUCGGCGCUUUGUCGACAAAGAACGAGAUCUCAAAAUACUCCAACGCCAUCCACAUGACGAGGAUUGAUUUGAACAGCCAAGGUCCGGGUAUUGAGAAGCAAGACUUCAUGGAACGGCCAAUUCCAACAACCGAUAGCGACCGCUUCGAUAUCAUCUCCUUGUCAUUAGUACUUAAUUACGUUCCCGAGGCUCCCGGCCGAGGCGAGAUGCUCAGGCGCAUCACCAAAUUUCUGCGAAGAAGCACAACAAAGCCGGAUGGUCUUCCCCCGGUAUUGCCAGCGCUGUUCUUCGUCCUGCCUCUUCCGUGCGUCGACAAUUCACGCUACCUGGACGAAGCACUGCUGUUGCAGAUUAUGGAGAAUCUUGGCUUCGCCAUGAAAUUUAGCAAGAACACGUCGAAAUUGUGCUAUUACAUGUUCGUCUUAACACGACAGCCCACUGAAACGCCGACAGAAAAGAGAAAGAUUCGAGACGGGCCAGGGAUGAACAAUUUCUGCGUCGUUGUGGAAUGA